CAUUUCAUAACCUUUUCCAUCAAUCUACUACACGUCGCCCUCCCACUCUAUUUAUAACUCUACUCUCUUCCAACACUUCCAUCUUCGUUCAAAACCGUUAAAAAUAAACAAAAUUAAUUUUCUCAAUUUUUAUGAUUUUAUCUCUCUUCUACCUAGGGCUUCAGUUCAAUCCCAAUUUCGAUUGAGGUUUUCCAUAAUUUUUACACAGCAAUGAGAACUCGUAACUCGGAAACCCCCAAAUCGGCGGCGAAGAAAACCCCGCCGCCGAAGAAAUCCGCCUCCAAAUCGCCUCCCGAGUCGGCCGCCGCGGAAUCGGCGGCUACUACUCCGAAAACCGCCCAGACGGUGAAGCGGCCCUCCCCCGCCACCAAAGCCAAGCCGGUGAAGAAGAGCGACACCACUCCCAGUCUGAGCUCGGCGUCUGAUUCCAAGCCUGAACAAUCAACAAUAGUAGGUGAGGAGCCCAAAGCAUCAGCUGAUGCUGCUCAGGUGACAGCAGGGACGAAAGUUGUUAGAGUGACAAAAUCAGUAGCAAAGAGGACCCCGGGAAGAACUAAAACACCCACUUUGGUGAGAGCUGUUAUGGUGCAGACACCCAAUUCUGCUGAAUCUAUGAAGUCAAAUGUUGAAGAAUCUCAGGAGGAGGGAGAUGUAGUGAUUAUCAGUAAGGAGGAAUUUGUCGUUGAAAAUGUAGUGGAAUCUAGGAAGAAUGAAGAAACCUUGAUGGAAGUGGAAGAACCGGUUGUUGAACACAUUGAAGAAUCCGUGAGGAAGGAAGGAGCCAUUACGGAAGUAGUAGAACCUUUUGUUGUUGAAUGUGCUGGAGAAUCUGCACAGAAGGAACGAGUCACAGUGGAAUUGGAAGAACCUGCUGCUAAAAAUGUUGUUGAGGAGGAAAGCGUGAUGAAAGUGCAAGUAGCUUCUAUUGCAAAUGUUGUUGGUGAUUCUUCAAAGCAAGAAGAGCCUAUAGCUGAAGUAGUUGUGAAAUCAGUUGAGAAUGAGGAGACCACUGGUGCGGAGGAGGGGGAGGAAGUUAUGGAAAGAGGAAACGAUGAGGAAACAAAAGAUGCUGGAGAUAAGGAUGAACCCAAUGUUGAGCAUGUUAACAUGGAACAAAAUGUCAUAGAGAAGUUUGGAGGAAAACAUACUCAACCUGUAAAGGAGUAUGUGAUUGAUGAGGGAAUGGAGGAUUACAAUGAUAGAGUGGACCUUGGAGAACAUGGGGAGGAGGAACUUGUUGAGUAUGAUCCAGAGGAGCCUGUUGAGGAUGAUCUGGAGGAGCCUGUUGAGGAUGAUCGAGAGGAGCCUGCUGAAGAUACUGAGGCAUUGGAUGAAGAACACAGGGAAUUAAAUGCUGCUGCGAAGGAGCGUAAGAUUAAGAAAGAGCAUGAGAUAUUUGUUGGUGGGUUGGAUCGGGAUGCAGAGGAGGAAGACGUGAGAAAGGUCUUUGAGAGGAUUGGAGAGGUAGUUGAAGUUAGGUUGCAUAAGGAUCCAUCUACAAAUAAGAAUAAGGGGUAUGCAUUUGUGACGUUUGCUAAUAAGGAGCACGCAAAGCGAGCUUUGUCAGAAAUGAAGAACCCUGUUAUUCAUGGAAAACGAUGUGGAACUGCACCCAGUGAAGACAAUGACACAUUGUUUAUGGGCAACAUCUGCAACACAUGGACAAAGGAAGCUAUAAAGCAUAAGUUGAAAGAAUAUGGUGUGGAAGGUGUUGAAAACAUAACUCUUGUCCCAGAUGUUCAACGAGAAGGGUUGAGCCGGGGUUUUGCGUUCCUUGAGUUCUCUUCACAUGCAGAUGCCAUGCUUGCAUACAAAAGGCUUCAAAAGUCUGAUGUUAUUUUUGGCCACCCUGAGAGAACUGUCAAAGUAGCUUUUGCUGAACCUUUACGUGAACCUGAUCCAGAGGUCAUGUCCCAAGUGAAGUCUGUAUUUCUUGAUGGGCUUCCACCACACUGGGAUGAAGACCGUGUUAGAGGGUUGCUUAAAGGUUAUGGGGAGAUUGUACGAAUUGUCCUGGCUCGGAAUAUGUCAACCGCCAAGAGGAAGGAUUAUGGAUUUAUUGAUUUCUCUGCCCAUGAAGCUGCUGUUGCCUGCGUUGCUGGUAUAAACAAAGCAGAACUUGGUGAUGGGAAGAUGAAAGUGAAAGCAAGGUUGUCAAAUCCUUUGCCCAAAACACAGGCUGUGAAGGGUGGAAUGUGUGGUGGAUUUCGAAUUGGCCGUGGCGUUGGUGGAGCAAUGUCAAACUUUGGAAGGGGGUUUGGGCGGGGGGGACAACCCUUCCACCGUGCAAAUUUCCAACGAAACAGGGGUUUCUAUCGUGGUGGACGUGGUCAAACUGGUAGAAUGAAUUUUUCAAACGAGUAUGAUUUCGACAAUCAAUAUGCUGAGUUUCAUGGAAGACAAUUUGCUGGACGAGGGGGAAGAAGGAAUUCAUUUAGAGGUGGUAAUUAUGCAUCUGGUUCGGGAAGUACAGUUGCUGCCCCAUCAAGGUCGAAUCUUGAUCGUCCCUGGCAUGGUGCCCCUGAUAGAGGCCGUGGGAUGCAUGUUCCUUCUAGGAGGCAACCAUAUUCGCCAGAGGGACGCUUGGACAGAACUUUUGGGAGGCAUUAUGAUGACCCUUAUCUUUAUGAUGAUAAUUCACAUGGAAUGAAACGCCCAUUUUAUAUGACGGACCAUGAUCCUGAUUAUAUGGAGCCUAGUAGGUUUCGCCAACGUUUGGAUUACGCUGAUCCAGCAGCUUUCCGUUCAAAUCGCUAUCGUGAUAAUUAUGGACCUGGCAGUAGUAGCUACCCUCAUGAAUAUUAUGGCCCUGAUUAUGGUGGAGCUCCAUAUUCGUCUUUCUAUGGGAGUGACCGCCCAUACGGUGGUGGCUACUACUAUUAGAUUUAUAGAACCAGUGGUGGGCUUGGAAAUGCGGGAUGCACUAUAUCAGUGAUGAACAAGUGACUUGCUGCUAGAAAGAAAAGUUGAAGUAGCACUAUAUAUUUCCUGAAUGUCUUCGUACUACCUUUCCUCCUAUUCCUUUCUGCUAUUUGGUUUUCUCUCUAUGAAGUUUUUGGUAGAAUUAUCCUGAAUGUUUCUAGUUUAGGCCGUCUCUCAAGGAUCUUUUACUAAGAAACUGAUGUAUUUCUGUAUUAUGGAGAUUGAAUGGACCUGCCCUUUAGGCUUAGAUAUGAAAAGAUUUGAGGAUUUUAUGAUAUGAGCUGUUAUGCUAAAGAGCAACAAUUUGCUUCAUGCUUUA